GCUUAUGGAGUGGGAGGAAGAGAGGAUAGUGCAUUUCUGCGUCGCCACGAGCGCCUGUGGAGAGCGCACGUCGUGGAAUUCUUCCAGGGGCGUUUGUGGGAGAUUCUGGACACGCAAUGGCUCCUGGCGCUGAGGAGUGCGUCGAUGGAGGAUCUUCUUCUCCUUCCAUCGCAUAUUUCCAAGGAUUGCUGGCCCAAGACGCUCCAGGAUUUUCUUGCAGACGUGCGCUCGCUCUCUCUUUCUCGAGAGCUGAUGGAGACCUCAAAGCUUCUCUCAGGCGGAUCGCUUCCAAGUGUUAUAACGCAGGGCGUGAACGCCAAAAAACUCCACGAGAUUGAAAGACUUUCUUCGUUGAUAGUAAACAUCUCUCGCGUUGUCAACGCUACAGAAAUCGUGGACGUCGGUGCUGACCAGGGGUAUCUUGCGCAAGUCUUGGCGUUCCACCACAAACUUCCAGUAGUCGCAGUAGAUUGCUCGGUGCACAAACACAACCGUGACAAACAAACGCGCUGACUGGAUCCAAAGAUACUACGCUUCUCGCUCCGGUAAGCUUGAGUUGGUGCCAUUCUUGUCAACCGGUUUUUCUUAUCUAGACAUGAGUACUUGCCCAGCAAAUGCUGGGUGGUUUACAAAGAGGUUCAAUAUAAAACCUUUUUAUAGAUA